AUGGCUGGACCGUCUAGAGCUGGCAGCGCUUGGAGCAAAGGAGACGAGAAGGAUAUGGACACGCCUUAUUCCGUUACGCCAGAUGCACAGUCCAUCCAGCGGGAGGAGAAGGUCACAUCAAAACUGGGACGAGUCGUGGGAGGAUCGUUUGUGGAAUUAAACAAGGAGUCUGCGGUUCACGACGAUCAUGGCCCACUUGUCGAAGUCGAUUGUGAGAUGCCACUCACGUUGACGGAGCUGGUACAUCAGGACGGCAAGGAAUACUUGGUGCUCACUUUCGCCAAGGGCGACUGCGAGAACCCAUUCAACUGGAACCCUUGGUACAAGCGAAGCGUGACGACGAUGCUCAACUUGAUGACACUGUUCAUUGGACUGGCGACCACGGCAUACUCUUCCGGCAUCGACAGCAUGUGUGAAGAGUUCGGUGUGUCAACGGAAAUCGGUCAAGUCGGUCUGUUCCUCUUCAACAUCUCCUGCGCACUUGCACCUUUGGUACUGGCGCCAUUCUGCGAACUGGUCGGUCGAAAGGUCAUCUACGCCGGCGCGUACCUGUGCUUCUCGCUCUGCUUCAUCGGUCUUGCGCUGGGCCAGAACAUCGGUACGAUACUAGUCAUGAGAGCAUUGCUUGGUCUCUUCGGCUGCGUGGGAACUAUCCUCGUUGGAGGAACCUUCGACGACAUGUACGAGCCACGAGACCGCGGUGGCCCCAUGGCCAUGUUCGCAUACAUCGCCAUCCUCGGUACCGUCGCCGCACCCAUCUACGCCGGCUUCAUCGACCAGGCCAUCGGCUGGCGCUGGAUCGAAGGCAUCCAAGGCAUCUCCAACAUCCCACUCCUCAUCUGCAUUUUCAUUUUCUUCCCCGAGACCCGCGGCGGCGCUCGCCUCCAUAAACGGGCCAAACAACUCGUCAAAGCCACCGGUGACGAACGCUAUGUCGCCGCCGACGACAUCGAAACGCCCACCCUCAAAGUCAUGCUCAAAGCCUCCUCCGUCAAAGCCAUCCGCAUGCUCGCAACCGAACCGGUCGUCUUCGCCUUCGGCCUCUGGAUCGGCUUCACCUGGUUCGUCGUCUUCCUCUUCCUCAGCGUCAUCCCCAUCACCUUCUCCGAGAAACGCGGCUGGAGCGAAGGCGUCUCAGGUCUCCCAUACAUCUCUCUCGCCCUAGGAACCACCCUUGGCUGGGCAGCCCACCACCUCCAAAUGCGCAAGUACAACCGCAUUGUCGACGAUCCGGACCGCCGCGUCACGCCCGAACACCGCCUCUACGGCGCCAUGUUCGGGGCUAUCUGGCUCCCUAUCGGCCUGUUCAUGUACUCGUUCACUCAAUACGGCUACCUCCCCUGGAUUGCACCAACCAUCUCCCUCGCGCCCAUUGCGUUUGGGAUUUACUUCGUCUUCGAGGGCACAUACUCUUACACUGCAGAUUGUUACGGUGAUAGUUCGUCAAGUGCGAUUGCCGGGCAGGGACUGAUGAGGAAUACGCUGGGUGCGGUGUCGCCGCUAUUUGCGAGUCAGUUUUUCCAUGGAAUGGGAAGUCAGUACGCCGGACUUUUGCUGAGUCUGGUGGCUACUGGGUUGAGCAUGAUUGCGUUUGUGAUGUUUAAGUUUGGGCCGAGACUGAGGGCGAAGUCGAAGAGGGCGAGGCAGUAUUAG